UUGGCACCGCCCGAGGCCAGGGCUGGAGUAACUGGACUCUGGGCGGCGGGUCGCAGUCCCAGAGCUCAAGGGGCUGGCGUCGGCGCCGAGCCCAAAGCCCUGGGUGGGAGCCUGGCCGGGACGCGCGCACCAUGCCCUACGUGCUCAUCAGCACCCAGAUCCGCGUGGAGGUGGGCCCUACCAUGGUGGGCGAUGAGCACUCAGAUCCAGAGCUGAUGCAGUAUCUGGGGGCCUCAAAGAGAAGCGCCUUGGGAAACAACUUUUAUGAGUACUUUGUCAGCGAUCCUCCUCGCAUCGUCCUGGACAAACUGGAACGCAGGGGCUUCCGUGUGCUGAGCAUGACAGGGGUGGGCCAGACGCUGGUGUGGUGCCUGCACAAGGAGUGACCCUCUCCCACUGAGGAGCACACAGAGCACCCCUUUCUUGAGCGGUUGCCGUGGGCCCUGAUCCUGAGUCCCCAUUCACUCUCUUCCCAAAUUGUCAUUUUCCUUAGCCUGGCCCCACUGGGCAGUGAAUGGCCUUUUCUGAAACGUGCCUCAGCCAGGGGGAGAGGGCAGGGCCCUUGCCCUGGUGCUCCCAGCUGCCCCUCCAGCUUCUCCGCCUGGCUGAGAGCCCUGGAGGAGGCCAUGUCCUGUGGGCAGGCUGAGGGCCCCGAAAGAGCCAGGCUGUCCCUGGCCAGGAACUGGGAGCCCCCCAGGAGCAUGGCCCCAGGACUGGGCGGGAGGGUCCUGUGUAGCUAGUCCAAGCCAAUAAAGGCCUGUGAUGAGUGGUUGCCCCUCUGCUCUGCAGGCUCACUGACUCUCACCGUGCAGAGCACCUCCCUGGGGGU